AUGAGACGAGUGACACAUUUGAACAUCAUUCACUCACGGUUAGCAAACGUCACGCAACAAAAGUCCACCAUUUUGGCGAAACACAACCUCCAAGUAGCUGGGCGGAAACGGGAAGAUGCUGAGUUUCUCCAAACCAUGAAUAGAUUAGAUGAAGAGGAAUAUGGUCUUCGUACCUCUUGGGAAGAAUUUUACAACGGAACAGCAACCCACCACGAAAAUGAAACGGCCACGACACAGAGUUUACAUCCCGUCUCGUCACAUUCUAUCCCAACAGAAGCUGAAGCAUUGACUCAACAAAAUUUCGGAGAGCGAGAUUUCUUCCACUCAAACCAAUCAUCGCCAUCAUCUUCGGUGGAGACAGAGAUUUUGCCGCCAUCACCUCCGCAUAUACCAACCACAACAGCGUCCGCAAAAGUUGUUGAUGGCGAUUCCUCAAUGAUCUCGAAGGAUUUCCAAAUAAUAGAAGACGUCUUUUCAGAGAAAAGACAUGGCCGUCCGAUUGGAUGUGAUUCCAUGGGCCGUCCGCUUUGGAAGCGACAGUCUGAUGGCGAAUUAGUUUACAUUGCAUGUCCAGUGUGUGGGAAGGACAGUUUCGGGACUCUACACGGGAUCAUGUGUCAUCUGAAAGCCAAGCAUAAGAACCGAAAAAGACCAGAGCGCUCCAAACUGCUGGAUGUUUGUGGAACAGUUUUCUCCCCAAGUUCCUCAUCUGCCACUGUGUCAUCCAAAGGUGCCGAAAAGAACAAAUGGACGGCCCAUGCGCAAAGCCAAAGCCAAGCACAGGCCGCUCUGCUCCUUGAAGGUGAAGGUAGAGAGAAAGGAAAGUAUUCAACGCAGUCUGAGGGAGCCGAUGAACAUGGUGGAACCCCUCUCGACCAAGAUAAACUCCAAUCACCAGUUCUUCCGUUUGAAAAUCAGUCCAUAGCAUCGAUAAUGAAUUAA